GUGACCAAAUACGGAAAUAACCAUGCAGUGGUUUUCUACAAUGGCAGCAUGACUUUAUUAUAUUGCAGACAUUCAUUCCACCAAACUGGUGAAUCUAUUUAUUUAUGAGUUUAAUGAUGUGUUAAGUCAGAUAUGGUGCUGUGUUUCUUAAUCCACACGGUGUGCCCGGUGAGCGCGCUGUCCGCUGGCGAGAGUCGGAUUCUGUACUCGCGGCUGUUCGGAGCAGAGAGCGGAGAUGAUCGGGACUUCACACCAGAGCAAAAGAGACUGAUGCAGAAGGAAAAACUGCAGGUGGUCGCGAGGCAGGUGAGAAGUGCGGUGUGUUUGAGCAGGGAGGCCUCAGGUCGUCUGUGUGUGGAGUCUGUUUUGGGUGAAGAGGCUGUAGCUCUGGGCGAAGCAGACAGCGGAGUGUUUUCCCUGGGAAGUGCAGAGUUGUUUCCAGAUCGCAGUGCUGUCCUUUGGCUCGGGGUGCAGGCUUUGGCCUUCACGCUCAUCUGCAGGCCACACGAAAACCUUCUGCUGGCUGAGGGAACGCUUCGCAACAUCGCACGUCACUGUCUGGAGGAGCUGCGUCUGCUGGGACCCGGUGCUGAGGUGCUGCUGAAAAGUGAUCGAGUGGACGCAUUGUUGCACAGACUCCUUCCUCACGGCCAGCUCCUCUUCCUCAACCAUCGUUUUGCCUUCAACCUGGAAAAAGAAAUAUCGGGCUACGUGAGCAAAUGAAAGACUGUGUGCAUUGGUAGAAUCACACUAGAGAGCCAUUUGGAGUGUAAUUUAUGAAUCCAUGAUGGGAAGAUUUGGAAGAAAGUGUAGUAAACAAUGUAAGCCCUCAAAGUCAUUAGGAAGGUUGAAGAUUGCACCUAUAAACUGUAACAGGAACUGGAUUUCUCCUUUGAGGUAACCUGAAGGCACAUGCUCUAAAGCGUUAAUUGCAGGUUCACAGUAGAUUAGUAGAUUAUAUGGGGGGAAAGAGUGAACCUUUUUACAAAAAAAAA